AUGGCGGCUAUGAUGAGAGGAUGUCGAGUGUUAGAAAGAGCUCCAUUUUUGGUGAGUUUGUCCCUGUUUCUACAGUUAGGAUGACAAUCUUUGUGAAACUUAUUUUUCAAAAUUUUGAAGAGGAAUGUUUAAAGCUUAAACUAUAUUGUUCUUACGGCAGGCUCGAACGCUCAGUGUUUCGUCAGCUCGUUGUGCUGAACUCCCUGCCAAGGUUGGUACUCGCCAGUUUUGUCGUUUCGUUAGCUUGUUUGUUACCUCUUAAUUUAGAUGGUACAGACAAGAUUUAUGAUGCCCACUUUUAUAGAAUAUCUGACCGCUUAUGCAAACCACAAUUUGUGAGUAUUUACUGGCCGCUACCUUGACGGACGAUGACUUUCAUUGCUAAAAGUUUCUUUUUGGGGACAAUAUCAAAAACGAUGUCCGUUCCUUUCGCUUCAAUUCUUUCCCCUGUAUCGUGAAGUUGAUUCGCUGUGAAUCAUAUUUCGUUUCACUGCAUCAAUUACUCUAAUAAGGUUUAAGUCACUUUAGAAACUUAUUUACAUAGUGUCGAUUCUUCGCUCAACCAACUGUACAUGUACUCGAAUUCAAGCUUCUUCGCCCCGAUCAGCCAAGUUGUACGUUGUACAAUGUAUUUCUUUUCCAGAAAAAGGUCAACAAAAUGAAUUAUAGUUGUUUAUGGUUUAGUGGUUUAUUAGAAGGGGAGCCUUAUUUCACCUGUCAAUACAGUGGAACCCCGUUAAUACGACCACCAUUGGGCCAUAAAAUCCUGGUCGUAAUAACGAGGUGGUCGCAUUAACGGGGUCUUCAAAAUAAUAAAAUGAGUCAAUGUUUUUUACGUUUGGUUUGAAAGAAUAUGGCCGUAAUAACGAGGUGGUCUUAUAAACGGGGUGAUCGUAAGGCAGGGUUCCACUGUACUAGGGAUUAAAUAUUAGAUAGAUAUUAUCAUUGUUUUUUAUUGUAGCCUCCCAUACAAGUGUUUGGUAUAGAGGGAAGGUAUGCCCAUGCUAUGUACUCUGCAGCAGCCAAGCAAAAUACUUUGGAGAAGGUUGAGAGUGAAUUGAGCAAAGUAGAUGAGCUUAUUAGAUCAAAUGAAAAGCUUGCUGAGUAUCUUGCAAACCCUACUCUGGACAAGUAUAAGAAACAAUGUGAGUGUCUCAUAUUAGACAUCUUUAAUAGUUAUUUUGCUUAAGUGUUUGCAUUGUAGCUCACACCUAAAUGAGGCCUAAUGAGAGGUCAAUUAGUUUACAGAAAUUCGCUAUUUGUCCACUCAGAUUCUUAGUAGAGCAAUUCUUAGUUAUCACUCGGGUUAUAUAUGAAACUAAAUCAGUGAUUGGCAUUUAUCAUAUUUCUAUUGUUCUCCAUCUUAAAUUGUUACCAAAGUGCAUUGAAUGUUGCUUCUUUAUCGCUUCCAGGGCCACUGUAUGAAUUCCAAAAUUGAAAACAUUUAAUAGGUGGGUUCCCAUGAGUUUAAACGGAAUCAAAAAAUUGUUACAGAUAGUUUCCCAUGAUCUCUGGGUGCAGAAAUGAAAAAUUGUUUUCCAUGGGAAUUGAAAUCCUAGGGCUUGCUCUAAUAUAUAAUAAUAUUUGUUGGUUCUCUGCCUUUCUCCAAGAGGUUUUUCUUUGGGUACUCCGGUUUUCCCCUCUCCUCAAAAACCAACAGUUAAAAAUUCCAAUUCGACCAGGAAUCAGGUAGGCUAAGAACCAUUUUGUGGAUGUGCUACCUCCAAAUCAUUAUUUAUUUAUUUAUUUUAUUUUAUUUAUUUUGUUAUAUCAGGGGUUGAUCCCUCAGGUAACAUUUUAUUCAUGGGCCAGUGUGAGUGAAUUUUAAUACUAACUACAUGUAUUGUGUUUCAUUGUUUUUACAGCACUUUUAACAGAUGUCUUGAAAUCACAGAAGUACUCUGAUUUGACAGUGAAUCUAUUUGGUGAGUUGCUUCCUUUACAUUGACAAAAACUGUUCAGUUUACAGCUGCAAUGUAUGUUCUGUCACAUGCGACCAUCAUUGUUGAAAAUUCCAGUUUAGCUUUCAAGGUUAUGUUUUGGUUUUGAAACUUCAUUUUAAGAUUUGGAAUUUCCAUAAGAAUUUUACCUCCAUCUUUAUGAAAUCAAGUGUGCCCAACAUUGUGAGAGAGACUUAGGCUACGUUUGUAGGCACUGGACAAAAUUUGAAUUCAUGCUUUUACACCAUUGGUGUUCCUUUCACACAGAACCACUUUAAGUGUACGAAAAAUUUAGAGGCCCAGAGCCUGUUCAAAGUUCCAUGUGAACAGAGGAAAAAUAUUAAACAGUCCCAUGUGAAUGAAGUGUCUGGUCAAAUUUUUCAGCUGGUCGAAUAUUAUUUGUUUGUUGGUCUGUGAACUUAGCCUAAAAGCUUUAAUCUACAAAAUUCAGGGUUCAUAACAUAAAUUCUUUAAAUAUACUUUCAAGUAAAAUUAAGAUCUUCUUGUUACCUAAAUAAAGACACCAGUAAAUCACCAUGGGCCACAAGGCACUGUUAGAGUACAGCCAUGAUUGGUGCUUUAACAGUAAAUAAUAUUAUUUCAAAUUGCAGGAACUUUGGCAGAGAAUAAUCGGCUUCGUUUAGCCAACAAUGUUGUGUCUGCCUUUGGCAAACUUAUGAGCGCUGCCAGAGGGGAAGUGUUGUGUUCUGUAACAACUGCUAAGGUUUGUUCUUAUUCACUAGCACCUAAUAUGUGUAAGACCAGCGUGCAAAGAAAGUCCUGUUUAACAGCCCGGGGCUAGUGGAUUUGCAGUUGGGCUAGUGAAUUCUGACUUCUCAACUUGCUCGAAGGGCAAGUGAAGUUUUUUGGGAAAUUCAAAUUACAGAAGAACUGUAAUCAAUGCUGCUCGUCAAAAUUUUUUGGAGGCUACUUAAAAGACUCUUGGGCUAGUACAAAACUUGCAACAACUUGCCUGAAUGGCAAGUGGUAAAACCGACUUUCUUUGCACCCUGAUGUCCUUUUUUUGUGACGGAUUUUAUGGUUUUGUCUCUUUUAGGAUUCCUGCAUUAAACAGAAGUGUAACUGAAAAAUGUGAUCUAAAAUGCAUGCAUGGUGUGGCUUUUAUUAAAAAAAAAGAAUGAGAGAAAACAUUGAUGUUAGGGAAAUGCUAGCAUGUAUAGCAGUUGUUUCUGUUUCCUUUUACCCAAGCUAGACAAUGUAAAAAAGUGAGCAUACAUGUAGGCAAUGGGUGAAAAGGGAAAAAAAAUUGGGUCUUUUGUAGUUUUGUCUAGCCUGAAUUUCAUCCGAUUACUUCGAGUCAUUAUUACUCCCUCAGUAACGUCUGAAUCGACCGCCUGUUAAUGCCGUCCAGUGACGUCACUCACUACCCGAAAACCGGGUAGUGAUUUUGAUUGGUUGAUUGUCUAAACAUUCGCAUAAUUAUGUAUAAUUAUGAAAAAUUUUAGCGGGAUUGUUGCUUGAUAUUCAGCAGAUAGCAUCCCUAGCAUUCUUUCAGGUAGUUCAAACAUUUCAGUAAGCUUAAUCUUUAUCUUAAACAGCAAAAUUGCCGUUGUCUUCGAAACUGAAAUGCUAAAUUGAACUGCAAAUGAAGAAUCAUUGUGGAGAGUCGGUAGGUUUUUCAUUUAGAGCCGCUUUGUGGUUUCGGCGGCAGAUGAUCUUGUUUACGCGAAGUUUUCUGAGAUCAAUGUUAUAAUUUGACCUUCUUGCUAUUUUCACCGUCAACGGUAAUUAUUCCGUUAGCUUUUCUUUCUUGUUUCCUUGUUUUUUUUUUCUUCGUUAAGGACCAAAUAGCUUCUUUUCAAUUAAAGCAAAUCAUUGUGUUUUUUAACUAAGUGUUCCGUGUGUGUGUUUAUUUCAUUGCGUGAAUUGCGACCGAGUUUGAUUAUAGAAUUCAGCACAACCAGUUCAGAGUUGUACUGCAUGCAGUUGACAGUUUGAAUGUUAAACAUAAAUUAUGAUCUAAAAAAAAAAAGCAAUUCUGUAUCAGGUAGACAUUUCCAAACGAUAUUUCUGGGUUUGCCACUUGAAAAUCAUGUUUUACUUUUUGCAUGAAUUAAAGCAAAGGUCAAGGAGUAGUGACGUCACUGGACGGCAUUAACAGCCGGUUGAUUCAGAUGUUACUGAGAGAGUAAUAACAACUCAAAGUAAUCAGAUGAAAUUCAGGCUAAAUUUUGUUCUGCUUCACCAAAAGGAAAUGGCUGAAACAACUACAUGUACCACUGUACACUUGAUCGAGAAAAUCCACAGCUACAAAAAAGUCAGUUAGAAGACAAGGAGAAACUCAAAUUUUUUUUUCUUAAGGGAGGAAACCCCAAGUCUUUUAACGUCAUUUUCAUAUCCUAGUGAUAUAGCAUUGGUGCCCCUGUCCAGACUAUACCAGGGAGGUUAAGAAACCACGGUGUCAAAAAAUGCCAUUGGAGAGAGGAUCUCUUAAUUAAUAGUUCUUUCAAGGCUGUAAAUUACAGCAAAUGUCAUCACUGAAGAAGGGAUCCGAAUCGAUUCCGAAAUAAACUCUGCCACACUUUCAACAAAUUGUUGGUGAUGAAGAAUUUUUUUUUUCUGUAAUAGUUCUUUAGUUGUUUCAUAAAUUUGAGUUUAUAAAUUUGAAUGACUAUAAAGGUGUCUACUCGUUAAAAAAUGUUGGAAUGUGUUGUUGAGCGUGCAUUUACAUGCUUUAUUAUGAUAUGUUUUUCUUAUUAGGAGCUGGAUACGUCACAAAUGAAAGAGCUUCAGGCAGCAUUGAAAGGUUUUACACAAAAGAACGAAACCCUCAAGCUUGAAACCAAGGUCAGAUUACAUGAAAUUCUGGUGACAUUUACAUUUAUGCUACAUGUAGUACAGGUGAACUCUGUUGUGGCGAAGUGCCAAGGGAGUCUUUUAAUGGCAAUAAUAUACAGUGAAAGCUCUGUUAGCUGGCCUGCUAUUAGUACAAUGUUCUUAAAACGCACAUUGUUUUUCAUCUCGUUCUUGUUUUGCAGCAAUGUUGCGAAACAAGUUGCAUGUUCUGCUGUCCAUUAUUUUUAUUGUACCUUUAUAAGCUAUAUGUAAUUUAUAAAGCAAUAUUAUUAACUCUGGUUUUAAUACAGCAACGUUUUUGGGUUUUUCAGGUUGAUCCCACAGUUAUUGGAGGGAUGAUAAUUGAAAUUGGUGACAAACACAUUGACAUGUCCAUGGCGACAAAGAUAAAAAAUAUUACAAAUGCUCUGCGAGCCAGUGUGUAAUGUCUUUGGACUUGACUUCCAAGCUUUUGUGAUUGUACAAUAAAAGUUCCAGAGUUUUGAUUCACAACUCAACUGUUGGUCUCGUGAGGUAUUACUUUAAUGUUCAUGUAUAAUAAUAUUAAUUUCUAAAUAAAAGAAGAUCAUUGCAGUUAUAGACGCAACUUUUGCAGUUGCGAAAAGGAAGCAGUGAUCGUCUUUAAUUUAAAUCUUCAUUUGGCAAUUACUUGUUAUGGUUUUCAUAAUUAUGUCAUUAUUUCAUUGUCAUCCUUUCACUGGUUUAUAAAGAACCAACUCAAUGAUAUGACCUGCACCCAGUUGGCUUCUUAGCUCAAUUGGUAGAGUGCUGCACCGGUAUCACAGAGAUAAUAGGUUUGAGUCAAUUUUUUUGAGGCUUCCUGGUUAUUUUUUUUGGUGUUGUUGUUUGUAAAUUAAAAGUCAUUAAUUUGUCUUCAGUUUCUAAAAAUGGCAGUAAGAUUCAUCUCUAGUUAUUUUUUACUACCCACCCAAAGAGUGGGUAAUGCACAUGCACAACCAUUCACAAACUUAUCCACUAUGGCGAUUUUUCUGCAAAAAUAAGUAGUUAUGAUGGUCUUCAUUUCAUUUAUGUACAGGCCGAGGGCCUUCAAAAACACAUGGACAUGUAUGUAAUCCAGCAAGGCUUAUGUCUCACCUUACUUCCUCACUCCUACUUGUAUAAUGGUUAAUAGAAGUCCCCGGCAGUAGACAUGCACUAGGGACUGUCUAGGCUUAUGUAACAUUCUUACUGCAACAUGUAAGAUUACACACCUUGGACCUCUUACUCGUGUGCAUUUAACCUUGCUAGCAAUUCUUUGUUAAUCAACCCUUGAUAUAUUUAAGACUUUCCACUGUAUUAUGACCAAUCACAUUGAUGUUCAUAUAAGCAAAGCACAAAACCAC